AUGCGGCUCUUAAAUCCGAUCUUUCUGGUAGCCUAUGUUCUGCCACUUGCUUGCGCCAUGCCGGUUGUGGAUAGAGAACGGACGUUCAGAGGUAAUGGUGACAUUUCCAUAAAGGAGAGUAAUAUCUUGGCGGGCCUCAGAAGAAUUUAUAUAACAUACGGAAGACUUACUUCAAUCAUCGAAGAUGACAACAACUUCACUGACUUCGUAUUUCACGAAGGUGUAACAGUAAAUCUGUUCCGUGGCACAAAUUUUCGGGGAAAUCCACCAGUAAAAUAUUUGUUCAAAACUAUAAUCCAACCAAAUGAAUGGCAAAGCAAUCUUCGAGGUCUUUAUUGGGUCGUUGCAAGCUGCGAAAAUAAUAUAUGCACCCUUCGCGGUAUUGUUCGUAAAGGUAACAUCUCUAUGGAAUACACGGUAUUUAAUGAAGUGAAUGAGGGCCUUCCUUCUCUAUCUUAUCCAGAAUAUUAG